CUUGGAGGGGAUACGACAGAAAAUGGCGACGAGGAUGGCGACACCCACCACAACGAGCGACGACACAUGCUCAAACAAGUAAUGCAGCAUCACAAAGAAGGGCAUCUAAAAAGGAACGACGGCCUGUGUAAUGUCAAAGUUCUGGGAAUUUGAGCCCUACGUGGAAGGCGGAGAUGAGGAUUUCACAUCCUACAUCGAAAGGUUCGGGCAUUAUUGGAAAGUAACUCGGAUAGAAGACAACUCAUUGAAGACAUCGGCCCUCAUAACUGCAAUCGGAAAACGAGCAUACAAGACCCUCAAGGAUUUGUUGCUGCCGUCAAAGCCAGAGCAGAAAACUUACGAUCAACUAGUGCAAGUACUGAAGGACCACUACGCCCCAGAAAGUCAAGUCAUCGCUGAACGCUUUAAGUUCAAUCGUCGUUAUCAACAGGAAGGUGAAAGUGUUUCUACCUUCGCCGUGGAGUUGAUACACCUGGCAGCGAAAUGUGACUUCGGUACGUUUUUUGAUGAUGCACUUAGAGAUAGAUUCGUUGCAGACUUGAAAAAUCCAGGAAUACAAGCCGGACUUCUGAAGAAGCGGGACCUAAAGUUCACUUCAGCAUGCGACUUUGCUAAAAGUGUGGAACUCGCCGAGAAGGAGUCUAAAGUGUUCCAUCCAGCGGCUGCUGGGGCAUCGAGCAACGAAGCGGUCAACGCCGUCAAGAAAUCUUCGAAAAAGUCUGCAACGGUGAGUGAAAAAAAUGAAAACUUCAGUUAAGGGGAGCUGCUAUCGAUGCGGAU